CGGACCAACGUCAUUUCGCCGGUAAUCCCGUCUCCUUGACGCAAGAUGAAGGCUAACCUAGUGAGGCCGGCUUGUGUUAAGAGACUACUUUGCAACCUCAUAUAUUGGAAGCCGCCUGGACGUUGGCUUGUAUCGCUCCCUGUAACUACCAGGUACGAACUCCUGUCGAAGCUAGACUGAACAAUUCGAGAACUGCGACAGGAUUAUGGCUUCAAACAGCUUCUCCUUGUCCACUCGCCUCCCUCUCGCAAAUGGGCUCUCGAUUCCUCAGAUCCACUUGGGAGUAUAUCUCAUGUCAGGACGAGAGGCCUCUUCCGCUGUCAAAUGGGCGCUUCAAGCAGGGUACCGGGGCAUUGAUAGCGCUCAGAUGUACAGAAAUGAGAAAGAGUGUGGCCAGGCUAUUCUAUCUUUCUUGAAUGACAAGGCUAGCAACACAACCGGAUUGACCCGGGAAGAUAUUUUCUUCACCUCCAAGCUUGCAUCGAAUACCAACUAUGAGUCCGCACGACGUUCCAUUAAGCAAUCAGUCCAGGCAAGUGGCCUUGGGUAUAUUGACCUGUUCCUGCUUCACAGUCCCUACGGCGGGAAAGGCGCUCGACUUUCGAGUUGGAGAGCGGUAGAAGACGCCGUUCAAGAUGGUGAGAUCAAAAUCGGAGGUGUCAGUAAUUUCGGUGUCAAACAUCUGGAUGAACUCGUCGCAUCAAAGCCGCGCAUAAUGCCUGCUGUGAAUCAGAUUGAGGUACACCCAUUCAAUACUCGGACAAACAUCGUCGAGGCCUGCCAGAAGUACAACAUUCUGGUCGAAGCUUAUGCACCUCUUGCAAGAGCGCUUCGCAUGAAGCAUCCAACCAUUGUGUCACUGUCAAAUAAGUAUCAAUGCACACCAGCACAAUUGAUGGUGAGGUGGAGUCUUCAGCAUGGUUACAUUCCCCUUCCAAAGAGCGUAUCAAAAGAGCGAAUAGAAUCGAAUGGAGACAUCAGCCAUUUUGAGAUCGCAGAUGAAGACAUGCGGAAAAUGGACGCGCUUGAUGAAUAUUUGGUCACUGAUUGGGAUCCGGUAGAUACAGACUGAUAUAUCGACGAACAAGCUUAGGCGCCUAGGGAAAGGUGGCAGAGAGAGACUUCUGGGAAUGAUUGCUUGCUGAAUGUUCGUGAAAGGGGGCCAUCGACGUCAAGGGAAGAGAAAGCCAGGAGGGUGGACCUAGGAAUCACUUAGUAGGUCGUGAUUGCGAGCACGCAGCAUUUGUAUUCCAACUCUGCCCAUCAAAAACAAAUGGGUUUCGCUUGAGACGACCCUAUCUGUUUGAGCAGGGAGAAAUGCCACUUGGGCGGCCAACAGAUCAGACCAGUGUGUCAAGGCACAUCCGGCAUAUGCAGGGUUCGUGUUUAUCGUCGUAGGGUUUCGACACGACUUGGAGAUUCAAUUCGCCCACUGUACGAAAAUGGCAGGUCGAAUGACAACCACGAAAGAGGAA